UGGACCGACAGUCUCAGCUGAAGACUCACUCUGAGCUUUCUGUCUCCGACCGGCGCCGACCGACGACAUGGACAAGGCAGACGCUCUGUUUAACCCGAGCCUGGAAGCUGCUCUGAAGAAGCUCGAUCCGGAAGACGGUGAGCAAAUCGUGGAGUAUUUCAAGACUCACGCGCUGCUGACGAGAGAGAAAGCACUGCUGCAGGCGUCGGUCAGAGAUCAGAAGAAGCUGCUGGUGGAAAACGGCAAACUGAAGAAAGACAUCGAGCAGCUGAGAGUUCAACUGCAAGAGAAACAGAGGAGACGCACCGCCAAGGCUUUGUUCUCCACGCCUCCACCCAACAUAAGCCCCGCCCCUACAACACCUGUCAAUCAACCUCCUGCAGGAGCGACAGCUGCCGUUCCAACGAGCCCUCCUCCCCCCUCCUCCUCAUCCUCACACGACCAGAGAUAUAGACACAGCAGGAGGGGGAGAGGAGAGAGGAAAGCUCGUCCCGCCCCUGACUCUCUCUCCUUGGGGGUGGAGCCUCGGGUUGACGUGUCACGACUGGACCUGCGAGUUGGACGGAUCAUCAGCGUCCGCCGCCACCCACUGGCCGAGACACUGUCUGUUCAGGAAGUGGACGUGGGAGAGAACGCCAACCGUAUGGUCGUCAGCAAGCUGGGAGCAGAAACACACCUGGAGGAGCUCCAGGGCGCUCUGGCUGUGUUGCUAUGCAACGUCAAGGCUUGUAAAGUGAGGGGCGUGGUCUCUAUGGCCCGCCUCCUCUGUUGUUCCACCUCAGACGAUGUCAGCGAGAUGCUGGUCCCGCCCACAGGCUCCGCCCCUGGAGACAGAGUUACCUUCAACAACUACCCCGGUGACCCAGACAGAGAGCUGCAGUCCAAGCAGAGAGUCUGGGAGCUUCUUCAGCCCGACCUGCAGGUCGACUGCCGCGGCGUGGCAAACUACAAAGGCUGCAGAUUUGAGGUGAAGGGGAAGGGACUGUGCAGGGCGCCGUCCCUCACCAACUGCAUCAUCAGAUAGACGGCGAGAGGCCGCAGUGCACAGGACAAGAC